AUGGAAAAACUCAGCUUGAAGACCGUAAGAGGGAGGGCCAGGCUUGCAGGGACCAUCUUCUGCAUCACUGGUGCCCUGAUCUUCACAUUUUGGAAAGGUCAUUUGUUGGGGGCCUUUGUUACUUCACCUUUGAUCCAACUUCAUUUCGAAAGUCCUGAGAAAGGCGAUGCCUGGCUUAAAGGCUCUGCUCUUAUGCUAUUCGGCUAUUUUGCAUGCAGUGUAUCGCUUGUUCUUCAGGCAUCCAUCUGUGAGAUCUACCCAGCCAAACUCACCAUGAACGCCGUGAUGUGCUUCUUCGCAGCACUGCAAUCUUCUGCACUUUCCCUCAUCUUUGAAAGGAAUGCCUCGUCAUGGAGAAUGUUUUGGAACGUGCAGCUCAUGACCAUCAUAUACAGCGGAACUAUCGUAUCUGGCCUCGUAUACUACAUGCAAAUAUACUGUGUUAGCGAGAAGGGACCUGUAUUUUGUGCCAUCUUCACACCUCUCGGAAUGUUGGUCGUGGCUCUUGUCUCGGCCUUCGUCUUUGCUGAACAACUUCAUGUCGGCAGUUUGAUCGGAGCGGUGAUCAUAAUCCUGGGACUCUACUGCGUCCUCUGGGGAAAAAGUAGAGAUUCCAGUGAGAAUGGUGACCAGGAUUGUGAAGCACAGAAGGAUCCAGGAGCUGAAAAGAAUCCAUCUGCUUCGUCCUCUUCUUUGGUCGCCAUCCUCUACGAGCUCUGCUCGGAGCAAUGUGGAGCGCAGCCUGCUCCCCUUGAACGGCGAGUUGUCUCGGCGAAGGGCUGCCGUCGAAUUGCAAGACGUUUUCUUGCUGCUGACGUUCGACGCCAUGUGCUACUUCGUGUUCCCGCGGAGGCGGUGGAUGAAACCAUGGCGAUGCUGAAUCAUCCUACGGCGUGGUGGGUCUAG